AUCUUUCUCAGAUCUUCUGUCUUGCCUCUUGUGACGACUGUUUUUGGUACCUAAAACUGACUAGCACUGGAAUUAACUAAUGCACAAAGAAUUGGGUAAGGAUAGCAAAAGCUUUUAGGGGCCUGCCUUAAAGACUUUCUCUCUGAGUCGAAAGGAGACUCUACAACCAGUGGAGGAAAACUAGAAGUGAGGGGAGAGGAAUGAAUCUACUCACACUGUGCUCUUUCAGUCCAUCUUUUUAUUGUUCCAAGUAAGCAUCAUCUCUACAGUGAGGGUACCGGCCUAUAUACAUUUAAAAACAAUAGUUCUUUGGCAAUGCAAGGAGAGGCUUGAAAUUCAUACACAGAGCAAUAACUGUCAGGUUUCACUUAUGACACAAGGUGGGAGUGGCUAGUGAAAGUUUUUUGGUGAGGUCAACUAAGAAUUAAAUCCACAAAUGUAAUCUGAGGUGGGAAUUCCUGUGCUCAAACUACAUUCCUAAAUGUGGCUACAUAUAAGUUAAAAAAAUCUAUUAAUCAUGAAAAUGAUGAAUAAGGUAAAACUGUCUUUUCCACCUGCUCUGCUUCCAAAGGGCUCUCAUGAGCCAUUUUUCCACAGGCAGGGUAAGCAUCUUUGGUUACUAGGCAACCUGCCUAAGCAGUAGAGGAAGAUGUGCAGCUUUUGGUCUGCUGUAGCACUUUAGCUAUAAUCAGUUGCUUAAAAGGAACUUCUUAGAUCUAAAGAUUAUACCUAUUGCUUAAAGAUGCAGAAUCAAGAUAGAAUUAAGCUUAAUUUGUACAAGAAACAGAACCUGGCACCUUCCCGUCCCUCUGGCUAUGGAUGGACAGGUCCUCAGAGGGUUCUUGGGAAAGUUUACUCAUCUCCAGGUACUAGCAAAUGGCUGAUUACCUUUUCCACUAUAUCUCAGUGUUUACAGGCAAUAAAUCUCUAAGCUAAAGUCUCGUGUUAAUAAACUGAGGUGAAAGUAAGUAUAAGGAGUUAAGAGUUUAGGGUUAGUGAGGUUUGUUCAGGAUAGUUUUUCUUAUCUGCAGGUGAGGUAAAGCCAGAGUACAUUUCCAUCUAUCUAAGGGUUGCAAAUCAACAAUAUGCUCAUACUUUGUCCUUGAAUGUCUGAGAUGUCUCAAAAUUUUGCCUGUGUAACUGUUUUCACACAUAACUGUGGGAAGUUAUCAAUAUACCCCAAAUACAUAGGGGAAAUUGUGCCCAAUAAUGAUCAAUUACACUGCUAGAAGCUCUUGAAUUGAAUUCCAUGGUAGUAACAGAUGAGAAAGCUACAAUUUCACACAAGAAAUUCACUGCAGGAAACAGCCAAUACAUUGAAAAAGCAAUGACUCCAAAGCAUCUUGCUUUUAGGCUUUUAACUCCUCUACCAGAACCCCCAGAUCUAAUGGGUUGGACUUGUCAAUGAUGGCUGAAUCCCCACUUCAUAUUUUUGUGGGUAAAGCACUUGGGUAUACCUGUGAGAGAUUAUUCUUAUUUAAAAUUUUGAAAUGGGAAGACCCUUCAUUAAUCUGGAUCUUCAAGGUAAUUUGAUCCACCUUUAAUCUUGGCCAGACCUUCUGGUGGUAGCCUAUAUAUAUAAAGAAUAUUGAAGAAGGAAGCUCAUUCUCUUUGCCUAGGAAGGUGAUUCAUUUACUCUCUUUAGAGCCCAAUUUUUAGGAAUUCCGGUGUAUACUGAAGACCAUUCGAGACAUCCAGCCUCAAGGAUUGAAGAAGUACUGAAUUCUUCAACUUUUCAUUGGUUGACAGCCAAUGUUGGACUAGCUAGACCACAGAAUGUGAGACAUUCUAAUAAAUUCACGUUCUACCUAAAUAGGGAGACUGAAUCUAUCAGUUCUGUUCAAGCAGAGAACGUUACUAAUACUGUUUUGUUUUAUUUUCAUUUGCCCAGAGGAAGAUGUUGUACCUAACAGUAGUGCUCAUAAAGGAACUUGUUCCAUUUUUCUUUAAGUAUUCAACUUAUUGUAAAGAUUACACUUCAUAUUGUUGUUAAAUUGUCAAGAGAUUGAAAUGAAUUUCAGGAAUAAAUCUCCUAAAGCAAUGGAACCAUCAUCCAGCCUUCUGAUGGAAGAAAGAUCUAUCUUGUCUGUGAUCUGAUUCCUGCUUUUCUCUCUUGGUUGUCUAAAGUCCCUAUGACAACCAGGUAAAAAGUACCUGAGUUCAUCAGACCUCAGUGUGAAGCCAUAAAACAGACAUUUUAUUUUGUGUCCUAAAAUCUCUCUGUAAUUGUUAAUAUUCUGGGCAUACUUCAACCUGGUGGAGAGGGGAAUCACUCCACUCCACAUUGUGUAAUGGGCUGUGCAAGCUAGCCACAUGGUGUCCAGGAGGAAGAAGGGGAAGUGCCUGUGGAGUGCAGGAAUAUAGCAAGGUCAGCUAUUUGAGCCAGGGGCAAGUGCUGUUGUAAUGGAAAUCUCUGUAGAUCUGGAAAAGAUCUGUGUCUUGGGUGGAAGGCAGGGCCAGGAACCACUCACUGCACAGAGUCUUUAAGCACACAGUUAUCCUAAGGAAGGUGCUCUUGUCACUCAGGCCUCAGUAGCCAAUCAGGCCCUCCAGUCUUACCUGCCAGUCAGAGGAGAGUGGUGGUGGGGGUGGGCUUUCCAGGGCCAGGCUGCAGUCUUGUCUUUGUAACAGAGUGUAUACCAGUGGUUUUGUGUGCUGCCUGUGCUGUUAGAAGGAGCAGAGGAGGGAGCAUGGGUAAGCUGGGAAGUCACAGCAUGGUGAGCAAGAGGCUGCUGUCCCUAGGUCAGGAAGAGCAAAUGGUGAGCCUCAGAAGCCAGUGUGGCAGUCCUCUCUGGGGUUGGGUGGGAACCUGUAGCCAGAUUCCCUGUCCUGUGAGGUACCAUGUGGUCCUUGCAACUCCCUGGACCCAGGUGUAGGACUCUGAAUAACAUUGCUCUGUGGGCUGUCUCUGCUCAGAGCAUUGGGAACAGGGAGCUAUGUGUAGAAACAUCUUUGUAGUGAAGGUCAACAUGCUUUUCAUGCAGUCAUGGAAGGCAGCUCUUAAAUUUGUAGAGGCCUAGUUUCUCUAAUGAUGAAUUUGCAAAUAAUUUUAUAGGGAUUAUAAAUGGCAUCUCUUUUGUUGAGUAGCACUCCACUAUUAAGCUGUGAUAUAGAAGAGUAGAAUUGGUGAUAUAAAGGAUUUACCAAUGCUUAGGAGAUAGUAAGUCACAGAGAGUAGAAUUUAACUAAGGGAGGCUGCCUCUAAAAUACCACAAAGAUAAGUAUAUGCUAACCAGGCCUGUUAGAGAUUAAGAUGCUAGGAUACACAUUUGUUCACCAGGAUUGUCCAGGCAUUUGGCUCCAAACUAUGACAAAGGAGACACCCUUGAUUUUCACUAGGCCCAUCCUUAUAUCAAAGAACAGGCCUCUUAAUAAGCUGCUCUAGGGGGCACUACAGGGUCACAACCAACCUUAAGGCCUGGUGUGCAAUUAAGUUCUCAAUUCUUUUCUUGAGAAAAGCAUGGUUCUGACAGAUGGACAAGGUGAUACCUAUUUGAAAAGAAAAAUACUAUUGUGUUGAAUGAUGGCCUGAUCAAUAAGACUUUUCCUCUAGGCCCUCACACAGAGAGAAGGAAGGUGCUCAUAGAACCAGAAAAGGCCUGGAGUCUAGGACUUGGGAGCUUUCUUUAAGGACCUCAUAUAUUGAGAAUAAAAUAGAGCUCUGUAGCUUGAGUUUUCCUGCCUAGCCCACAGUCAGGACAAAUCUCUAUCACCUGCCAGUCCCACAGCCACUCAGACCUAACCAAGUAAACACAGAGACUUAUAUUGGUUACAAACUGUAUGGCCGUGGCAGGCUUCUUGCUAACUGUUCUUACAGCUUAAAUUAAUCCAUUUCCAUUAAUCUAUACCUUGCCACAUGGCUCGUGGCUUACUGGCAUCUUCACAUGCUGUUUCUCAUCGUGGUGGCUGGCAGUGUCUCUCUGACUCAGCCUUCCACUUCUCAGCUUUAUUCUCCUUGUCCCGCCUAUACUUCCUGCCUAGCCAAUGGCCAAUCAGUGUUUUAUUUAUUGACCAAUCAGCAACACAUUUGCCAUACAGAACAUCCCACAGCAGAGCUCCUUCUUUAAAACCAGGAAUAUGCUAGGGAAAGCUGGUAAUGAUCUGGGCCAGGACCUUUGUGAAGGGGUUGCUUCAUAUCCUGAGAAUACAACUCUUAUUACCACAGGGCACUAUGGUUAUCAAUCCCAAGGCCACUAUGUGCUUAGUCAGUAAUGUUUUUGAGGUACUCUGUGUUCUCUUUAUGCAGCAUUGUGUGAAUUGCCUCCUCCUGAGUUUGCCCCAUUGUAUGGUAGCUUCUGUUGACUUUAUAGAAGUCUCUUAUUUUCUUCUAUUUCCCACUGGAAGAUGCUAUUCUCCUUAAGAAGUUUACUUGGCAUGAGGCAUAACUUGUAAAGACCUCCCUAUACCAGCCUUUAUUUUUUCUGACUUCUACUUUUCCUACCCUUCUCAUCCCCUGGAUGAGGAGGUGCCUUCUCAUCUCCUGGCACCUCUACCUCAGGACCCUGUCAAUGAAGAAUGACCUGCUGUUUCAUGUUAGUGGUGUACUUAAGAAAUAAAUCUGGAAUUAUCUUUGCUGUGUGAGUUUCCCAUCUGCCUAAGUGGCUAGACUUGCAAUCUCCUAAUCCUAUUUAAAUUGUUCAACGUAUAACUGGAGCCUGAACCUAAAGGAAACUUAAGGAUGACAGAACAUGUGGAAUGCAAAAUCUGUUCCAGGCUGGCUCCUCAUUGAGCAUUAGUCAGAAAUGGAUGCAUGCUAUCAUUAAUAAAAUUUUUCUUUUUUAAUCUCAAGUGUAUGGAAUGAUUUCUCCUUUGGAAGGCAUAUUAAUUCUUGAACAGCUGCACCCCCAGCUAUUUAGAAUGUUUUUCUGAGAGAAACUCUUCUAUAUUAAUUCAAGUGGCCUUGAUUCCAGUACAUUGGUCCCCACAGUGUUGACCUUGGUUUCCAUCAUCAAACAUUAUAAAUUCUUAAAUUAAAUGACUCUACCACCUCAAAGUUUUAAAUUUACCCAUUUGUGUCAUGUAGUUGACUAUCCAUUGCAGUCACAGGAAAAGGAUUUGCAUGUGGAGUAUGGCUGAUGCCUUCAGAGGAGAAUAGGAGGAAUAGUUUAUUGUGUGCACUUUAGGGGGAAACAGGAUUGGCAAUCAGCUGCUGGAGUCACCAUUAUGAAAGAGGACCUGAUUGUUUCAGGGUGAGUGAUUUAGUAUUUUUCCUGCAUAUUUUAAUUCAUAUCAUGAACAUAGACCAGAUUGGUGGGUGUACAAUUUGAGAAAGUUAGUUUGAGCCAGUGAAUAUUGAAUUUCCAAUUAGACAACUCUCCUUUGCAGAUAUGUUCAGUUCUGCUUGACAGAAUUAUGUCAGCUUAGAAGACUGAGAAAUAGACCAUUGCCUGUAACUCUGUGUGUCAAGUUACAGAUCUCAGUAGCCAACAUGUAUGUGCACAUGGACAAGAUCAGUCAGUCGCUUAUUAAUUGCAUUUCCUCAACUAGGGAAGAUUCUACUUUUUUUAAAAAAGUCAAUAUAGCUAAUAUAGCUAAGUUUUUUAUCUUAAAGUACUUUUAUCAUGCUAAAAGACAAUUAUUAUUUUUAAAUUUCAUUUUCUUUAAAUGCAUUUCUUCUGUCAGAUGUGACAUUGGUGAAGAUCUUUUCCCAUUCUGUAGUCUGUUCUUUUGUCUUAUUGACUGUGUCCUUUGCCCUACAAAAGCUUUCAGGAGGUCCUGUUUAUUAAUUGUAGAGGGCUGAUCUCCAAAAUAUAUAAAGAAUUAAAAAACUAGACCUCAAAAUGUAGAACAAUACAAUUAAAAAUGUGCUACAGAGCUAUAAACAGAGAAUUCUCAAUAGAACAAUCUCAAAUGGUUGAAAGACUUUCAAGGAAUUACUCAACAUCCUUAGUCAUCAGGGAAAUUCAAAUCAAAAUGACUCUGAGAUACCAUAUUACACCUGACAGAAUGGCUAUGAUCAAAAAUAUUGAAGACAGCUAAUUUGGAGAUGAUGUGGAACAAGGGGAACACUCCUCCACUGUUGAUGGGAAUGCAAACUUGUUCAGCCACUCUGGAAAUCAGUAUGGUGGUUUCUCAGAAAAUUGGGAGUCAGUCUACCUCAACACUCAGCUAUACACUCUUAGGCAUAUACCCAAGGAUUAUUCAAUCAUACAACAAGGACACAUGCUCAGCUAUGUUCAUAGCAACAUUAUUCAUAAUAACCAGAGCCUGGAAACAGCUUAGAUGCCACUCAACCAAACAAUGGAUUCAGAAAAUGUGGCACAUAUACACAAUGGAAUACUACUCAGCAGUUAAAAAAAGUGAUAUCAUAAAAUAUGCAGGCAAGUGGAUGGAACUAGAAAAAUCAUCCUGAGUGAGGUAGCCCAGACCGAGAAGAAUAAACAUAGUGUGUACUCACUCAUAAGUGGAUACUAGAUGUACAAAGCAAAGGAUAACCAGACUACAACCCACAGCUCCAGAGAAGCUAGCUAACAAGGACAACCCUAAGAGGGACACAUAGGUAGCCCAGAGAUGGAGAAAUAGAUAAGAUCUACAUGAGCAAACUGAGGGUGAGGGGACGUUAAUGGAGGGCAAGGAAUGGGGUAUGAGAACAUAAGGAAAUGGGAGGUUUGAGCUGGAACAGGGACAGAGUGGGAGAGCAAGGAAAGAGAUACCAUGAUAAAUGAAGACAUCAUGGGAAUAGGGAGAAACAGAAUUCUAGGGAAGUUCCCAUGAAUCUACAAGGAUGAUCUCACCUUGGACUACUAGCCAUAGUUGAGAGGGUGCCUGAACUGGUCUAUUCCAGUAACUAGAUUAGUGAAUACCCUAACUGUAAUCAUAGAGCCUUCAUCCAGUUACUGAUGGAAUCAGAUGCACAGAUCCAUGGCCAGGUCCCAGGCCGAGCUCCAGGAGUCCAAACAACAAGAGAGGGAUUCUAUAAGCAAGGGACAUUGAGAUCAUGAUGGGAAAACAUGCAGAGCUGCCCGCCAAACUAGUGGACACACCUGAACUGUGAACCAAUAGCUGAGGAGCCCCCAUGGGACUAGACUGGGUCCUCUGGAUAUGGAAGACAGUUAUUUAGCUUGAACUGUUUGGUGGGCCCCCAGGCAGGGUGAUUGGUAUUCAUCCCUGGUGCAUGAGCAGGCUUUUUGGAGCCCAGUGCCUAAGGUGUGACACCUUGGGCAGCCUUUUGCAGAAGGGAGGGCUUUGGACCUGCCUCAACUGAAUGUACCAGUCUCUGCUGACUCCCCAUUGGAAACCUUGACUUGGAGGAUGUGGAAAUGGGGCGUUAGUGGGGGGAAGGCUGAGGGAGGAGAGGGUAUCUAUGGUUGGUAUGUAAAAUGAAUAGAAAUUUUCUUAAUAAAAAUUUGAAAAAUAGCACUAUGUAGUUUCAGAUGACAGUCUGCUGGUGAAGCCAGCAGGAUCUUUCAAGAAGACUGUUACUAUUAAAGAGAACUCCCUUGCUUUACAGUAGAUGCCUAUCAGCCCUAUGUGUAAGACCCCAUCAGCUAAACCUUUAACUUAUAGAUGGAUUGAACAAAGUGAUUUCUAGUGCCAGGUUGAAACUUCAUACAGAGUCUGCUGCAAAUCAGUUUGAAAAAUGGCAGGGUCCAUCACAACUUAGAAGCCAAAUUUGGGAGGAAUUACCCAUGUUGUACUGGUUCUGGAAACAGGAAAGAUGCACAAUUUAAUGGUCAUGAUUUCUUCCAUGGCAUCAGUUUAACACUGUUGUACACUUUUGGUUUUGGCAGAGUCAGAAACUCUGUGUGGAGGCUGUGAGUAUUCAUUGCAUAAAGUUGUGAAGAUGAAGCUGGGUUGCAUUUUGAGACCAUCAGAUGUUGAAAUACCCAAGCUAUGGGACAUCUGCCAUGGAAAGCUGAAUACAUGGAGUGGAAGUAGCAAAGGAGAGACAUUCCACCCUUAUGCAGGGUUCCCAGAGCUCCAGCUAGUAUUUGGAUGAGGAUCUCUGCAUCUGCUCCCAUCACCUGCAGGAGGAGGCCUCUCUGAUGACAAUUGGACUAGACUGCAGUGACCUAUGAUGAUGUGCAUAUCGACUUCACUUGGGAGGAGUGGACUUUGAUGGAUCCUUCCCAGAAGAAUCUCUACAAAGAUGUAAUGUGGGAGACCUACAGAAACCUUACUGCUGUAGGCUACAGUUGGGAAGACCAUGAUAUUGAAGAACAUUGUCAAAGUUCUGGAAGACUUAGAAGGUACAAAGAACAUCAUAUUGGGGAGAAACCCUCUGAAUAUACUCAAUGUGCAAAAGCAUUUUUAUAUUACAGUCAUCUUCAGAAUAAUGAAAGUAUUCAUACUGGAGAGAAACUCCAUAGUUGUAUUCAAUAUGAUGAAGCCUUUUCACACAACAUUAGUCUCCAAAUACAUAAAGAAACACAUACUGGAAAGAAAAUCAGUGAGAGUAAUCAAUGUGGUAAAGCCUUCACAAGUCAUGAUCAUUUUCAAAUACAUAAAGGAACACAUACUGGAGAGAAACCCUAUGAAUGUAAUCAAUGUGGUAAAGCCUUUGCAUGCACCAGUAAUCUCCAAAGACAUGAAAGAACACAUACUGGAGAGAAACCCUACAAAUGUAAUCAAUGUGAUAAAGCCUUUUCACAAAACAAUACUCUCCAAAUACAUAAAAGAACACAUUCUGGAGAGAAACCCUACAAAUGCAAUCAGUGUGAUAAAGCCUUUUCACAAUACAGUAAUUUUCACAUGCAUAAAAGAACACAUUCUGUAGAGAAACCCUACAAAUGUAAUGAAUGUGAUAAAGCCUUUGCAUGUGGCACUAGUCUCCAAAUACAUGAAAGAACACAUUCUGUAGAGAAACCCUACAAAUGUAAUCAAUGUGAUAAAGCCUUUUUACAACACAGUCUUCUCCAAAGACAUAAAAGAACACAUACUGGAGAGAAACCCUACAAAUGUAAUCAAUGUGAUAAAGCCUUUUCACAACACAGUCUUCUCCAAAGACAUAAAAGAACACAUACUGGAGAGAAACCCUACAAAUGUCAUCAAUGUGAUAAAGCCUUUUCACAACACAGUUAUCUCCAAAUGCAUGAAAGAACACAUGCUGGAGAGAAACCCUACAAAUGUAAUCAAUGUGAUAAAGCCUUUUUACGACCCAGUCGUCUCGAAAUACAUGAAAGAAUGCAUUCUGGAGAGAAACCCUACAAAUGUAAUCAAUGUCAUAAAGCUUUUGCAUGUGCCAGUACUCUCCAAAUGCAUGAAAGAACACAUACUGGAGAGAAACCCUACAAAUGUAAUCAAUGUGAUAAAGCCUUUUUACAACACAGUCAGCUCCAAAUACAUGAAAGAAUACAUUCUGGAGAGAAACCCUUCAAAUGUAAUCAAUGUGAUCAAGCCUUUGCAUGUUCCAGUAGUCUCCGAAAACAUGAAAGAACACAUUCUGUAGAAAAACCCUACAAAUGUAAUCAAUGUGAUAAAGCCUUUUCACAACACAGUCAUCUCCAAAGACAUGAAAGAACACAUUCCGGAGAGAAACCCUACAAAUGUAGUCAAUGUCAUAAAAACUUUUCACAACACAGUCAGCUCCAAAUACAUGAAAGAACACAUUCUGGAGAGAAACCUUACAAAUGUAAUCAAUGUGAUAAAGCCUUUGCAUGUUCCAGUAGUCUCCUAAAACAUGAAAAUAUACAUUCUGGAGUGAAACCCUACAAAUGUAAUCAAUGUGAGAAAGCCUAUUCACAACACAGCCAUCUCCAAAGACAUAAAAGAACACAUUCUGGAGAGAAACCCUACAAAUGUAGUCAAUGUCAUAAAAAUUUUUCACAACACAGUUUUCUCCAAAUGCAUGAAAGAACACAUUCUGGAGAGAAAUCCUACAAAUGUAAUCAAUGUGAUAAAGGCUUUGCAUGUGUUGGUAGUUUCCAAAUACAUGAAAGAAAACAUACUGGAGAGAAACCCUACAAAUGUAAUCAAUGUGAUAAAGCCGUUUUACAACACUGUCAUCUCUACAUAUAUGAAAGAACACAUUCUGGAGAAAAACCCCAUGAAUGUAAUCAAUGUUGUAAAGGCUUUGCAUGUUCCAGUAGUCUCCAAACACAUGAAAGAACACAUUCUGGAGAGAAACCCUACAAAUGUAAUCAAUGUGAUAAAGCCUUUUCAUGACACAGUUAUCUCCAAAGACAUGAAAGAACACAUUACUGGAGAGACAUCCUACAAAUGUAAUAAACGUGAUAAAAGCAUUUCACAACACAGUAACCGUUAAAUUCAUGAAAGAACACAUACUGGAUAGAAACCCUAUGAAUGUAAUCAAUAUGGUAAAGCCUUUGUAUGUACCAAUAGUUUCUGAAGACAUGAAAGAACACAUACUGGCAAGAAACCCUACAGAUGUAAUCAAUGUAAUAAAGGAUUUCACAACACUCUCAUCUCCAAAAACAUAAAAGGACACAAUCUAGAGAGGAAACCCCCUGAAUGUAGUCAAUGUGAUAAAGCCUUUGCAUGUGCUGGUAAUCUCUGCAUACAUAAAGGAACCUUACAAAUGCAAUCAAUGUAAUAAAGCCUUUAUAUGACACAGUCAUGUCCAAAUACAAAAGGAAUACAUUCUGGACAGAAACUAUGAAUUUAAUGAAUGUGGCAAAACCUUUGUAUGUCUCAACAAUCUUGGAAUACAUAAAGGAAUACAUACUGGAGAGAAACCCUAAGACUGUAAUCAGUGUGGUAAAGCCUUUGCAAUUCAAGGUCAUUUUUAAAUACAUAAAAUAACAUAUACUUGAGAGAAACCCUGCUGUGGGGUGGUCUGUAUGUCAAAUGUGUUGCUCUGAUUGGUUAAAAAAAUAAAACACUGAUUGGCCAGUAGCCAGGCAGGAGGAAGUAUAGGCAGGACAAGGAGGAGAAGAAUUCUGGGAAGUGGAAGGCUGAGUCAGAGAGACACUGCCAGCUGCCGCCAUGACAAGCAGCAUGUGAAGAUGCCGGUAAGCCACGAGCCACGUGGCAAGUUAUAGAUUUAUAGAAAUGGAUUAAUUUAAGAUAUAAGAACAGUUAGCAAGAAGCCUGCCAUGGUCAUACAGUUUGUAAGUCAUAUAAGUCUCUGUGUUUACUUGGUUGGGUCUGAGCAGCUGUGGGCCAGGCAAGAAAACUCUAGCUACAAAUGGCGCCCAAUGUGUUGGCAAGAGUUUCCACCUAAAACCUGAGAAAAAAGAUUCUAAAAUGGAGGUAAAAACAGCUUCCUAGUUGUCUCUCUCAAGUUAGUGGCAGUCUGCCGGUUUGAGCUACUAUGGCAGGUUCCUGAUGAAUGUGCAUUUGACCUGCAGUAUAGUGGAAAUGAGGCCUCUGCAAGUGGCACAUUAAGCUGCGUGGUGGAUUUAGCCUUUGCUAGAACAAAGCAAACAAAAAAAAAGAAGUUUCUGCGCUACACGCUGCUUUUAUAGAAGCAUAGACCCACUAUUUCUGAGAGUUGAUGGCUCCCAGAGCUGGCGGAAAAUGUACCACUGCCAUGAUGGGAAGCUGAAAUGGGCGGAGCCAGCAGCCAACUGCAGUCUUAGAAUGCUGCAGUUUAAAGCAAUAGGGUCAAGGUAAUAUAAAAAAUAAGCCAUGUAAAGAUGGCUACUACACAGAGAAUCUGGAUUAUGUUCUCUUUGAUAUUUUAACUGAAGAAAAACAUUUGAUUACAAAAGCUAUUGAGUUAUGCCAAAAUGUAUAUUUUAAAUGUACCUUGAUUUCAAAAUUUGGAUCUAAGGAUAUGUUGCUUUGGAAAGGAGGCUCUGCUUUUGUUUCCACAGAAAGCCAGAGGCUAUGGAUUUGUUCCAGAUUAAGAUACAUCAGGUUUGACCUGUGAAGACCCCCUGAAAGUUCUCCGAAGACACCAUGGCCCAGAUGAUCCAACAUCCAGAAUGGUUUAAAGGCAACUGGCUCAGACAAUACAGCCUCAUGGACUACUCCAUAACCCUAAAAUUUUCUUUGUGUCCUCAUAAGAUACAGUGCCCCCCUCCAGCAGGAAGUAGUAAGAGAAACUACGCCCAAAUUCCCAAAUUAUAUGUAAUUUUACUAUAUUAAGGUUAAAACCUUCCUUUUAAUAAAGAAAAAGGGGAAGUGCUGUGGGAUGGUCUGUAUGUCAAAUGUGUUGCUCUGAUUGGUUAAAAAAUAAAACACUGAUUGGCCAGUAGCCAGGCAGGAGGAAGUAUAGAUGGGACAAGGAGGAGAAGAAUUCUGGGAAGUGGAAAGCUGAGUCAGAGAGACACUGUCUGCUGCCGCCAUGACAAGCAGCAUGUGAAGAUUUCAGUAAGACACGAGCCACGGGGCAAGGUAUAGAUUUAUAGAAAUGGAUUAAUUUAAGAUAUAAGAACAGUUAGCAAGAAGCCUGCCAUGGCCGUAUAGUUUGUAAGCAAUGUAAGUCUCUGUGUUUACUUGGUUGGGUCUGAUCGGCUGUGGGCUAGGCAAGAAAACUCUAGCUACAAAACCCUAUGAAUAUAAUCAAUGAGAUAAAGCCUUUUCAAAACACAAUAACCUCCAAAUCCAUAAAAGUGCACAUACAAGAGAGAAAUCCUAUGAAUGUUAUCAAUGAGGUAAAACCUGGAUGUGUCAGUAGUUUCUGAAUACAUAAAGGAACUCAUACUAGUGAGAAGCCCUUCAACUAUAAUCAAUGUGAUAAUGCCUUUUCAUGCCACAGUCCUCUCUAAAUACAUGAAAGAAUAUAUUCUAAAGAGAAACCCAGUGAAUAAAAUUAAUAUGGUUAAGCCUUUA